CUGUACGCCCUGCGCCUCAUACCACUAUGCAUAUUCUGAGAAGUUCGUACAGUUCUCAUAGAACGCAAGGCAAUGAAUAACUAUACCUUCUCCGACGGCACGUUUACUCCUAAAGGCAGCCACGUCUCAACCUCGAGAAUGGUGACACACGUCGGUCGCGAGAACUACGACGAGGCAAGUGUCUUCAACCCGUGGCGGUUUUCCGAUAUGCGCAACGAGACAGGCGAAGGCACGAAACAUCAGAUGGUUAACAUCAAUAUGCAAUACCUUCCGUUUGGCAUCGGAAAGCACGCUUGGUGAGUAUUAUCUCUAG